CAAUCUCUCCAUCGUUCGCGCCUUGGUUCAGGCCAGCGCGGAUGUGAACUGCCAAAGCCACAUGCUCCCCUGUACUGCAAUGGUCGCCGAGUGCUCGGUGGCCGAGAUCUCGGAAUUCUGUGCUGUAACACCACUCCAAAUGGCAGUGCUUCAGAACAGCGUCGACUUGGCGGCCUACCUCCUCCAGGAGAAGGCAGAUGUCAACAUUUGCAGCUCCCAUGGUGUCUCCGCGCUCUUCAUCGCAACUCGCAAGUGCGACCUCAGAUGCGUGAAGCUGUUGCUUCACGCUGGCGCAGAGAAGGAUUUAAGUGCAGAAGGCAGCCCAACACCUAUGCAGAUUGCGACGGGGCGGGUUGCCGAGUUCAUGCAGAAUUUCCAUCCUGCCGUCCCAAGCGCCGGCCGCCAGGAGACACAUGCAGAUGAGCAGCGCGUGCCG